GAUGCAGUUUUAUUCGUUCUGACACCUUCCCCGCAUCGCAAUCUCGCAAAAGCGAGACUUUGGCGCCAUCUUGGUUAAAGAAGAGGCAGAGGAAAUGUCGGUGAACUCGUUCAACUUCUAGUAAUUAGUCAUACACUUGAGAAGUAAAGGCCUGCAUUCUGAGCCUGUUGAUGACUAGCAAGUAUUGAUGAAUGCUGAGUAAGCCAGCCUGACCAUGUCGGACAGUUUUGAUGAGGGGGAGAAGCCCCCAGCCCCUCCCGUGAGGCACACUAGUACUAUGAGGGAUGGAAAUUUGCCACAAGAACAUAAACCACUGCCAAAAGAACCUGACGAAAGGAAAAAGACAAAAACUCCCAAAAGCUUAAAUUCCAAAAAGUUGAAAGAAAAUGAGAAGCCAAUUAUUUCAAAUCCCUCCAACUUUGAGCACACAGUCCACGUGGGCUUCGACCCCCAUACUGGAGAAUUCACGGGAAUGCCUGAGUCGUGGGCCAAGCUUCUUUCCCAGUCUAACAUCUCUAAGAUGGAGCAGAAGAAGAAUCCACAGGCUGUGUUAGAUGUCCUAAAUUAUUAUGAUGCCACAAACAAAGAGCAACAGGAACCCAAAAUGAAGUAUAUGACCAAUAUCAAACCACCUAGUGCUGAUUCCAUGCGUCCCACACUGUCAGACAAAUUCUCCAACAACGUUGUUAUAUCACCUCAAAAGGUGGAACAAGCAACACAUGCCUCUGAGGAAGAGGAAGAAGAAGCUCCCCCUCCUGUAGCCACCCGACCCGACAAAACAAAGUCUAUUUAUACAAAGCCAAUUGAACCCGAAGAAAAAGCAAAUGGUGCUAUUGCUACAAGUAAAAAUGAUAAACCUAAGAAACGUAAAAUGACAGAUGAAGAAAUUCUAGAAAAAUUACGCACAAUUGUGACCAUCGGUGAUCCUAACAGGAAAUAUACAAAAAUGGAAAAGAUAGGCCAAGGAGCAUCAGGAACUGUGUAUAUUGCAAUAGAAGUGGCCACAGGAAGGGAAGUGGCCAUUAAAACAAUGAACUUGUCUCAGCAACCAAAGAAAGAACUUAUUAUUAAUGAAAUUUUAGUGAUGCGGGAAAAUCAGAAUCCCAAUAUUGUGAAUUAUCUGGAUAGUUAUUUGGUGGGGGAGGAAUUAUGGGUUGUUAUGGAAUAUUUAGCUGGAGGAUCUCUUACUGAUGUUGUCACAGAAACAUGUAUGGAUGAGGGACAGAUAGCAGCAGUCUGUAGAGAGUGUUUACAAGCUUUAGAAUUUUUACAUGAGAACCAAGUCAUUCAUCGAGACAUUAAGAGUGACAAUAUACUGCUGGGAAUGGAUGGAAGUGUCAAAUUAACUGACUUUGGGUUUUGUGCUCAGUUAUCUCCAGAACAAAGUAAAAGGUCGACAAUGGUGGGCACACCUUAUUGGAUGGCACCAGAGGUCGUCACUAGGAAACAAUAUGGUCCAAAAGUGGAUAUUUGGAGUUUAGGUGUGAUGGCCAUUGAAAUGAUUGAGGGAGAACCACCAUAUCUGAAUGAAAAUCCUUUAAGGGCUCUGUAUCUUAUAGCAACAAAUGGUAAACCCGAAAUCAAAGAGAAACACAAACUCUCGCCGGUCUUCCAAGAUCUCCUGGAUAAAUGCCUGGAGGUGGACGUAGAAAAAAGAGCAUCAGCCUCGGAGCUCUUAAAGCAUCCCUUCCUUCGGUUAGCAAAGCCACUGGCCAAUCUACAGCCACUUAUACUAGCUGCCAAAGAAGCUCAAAAAGGACAUUGAACAAGUUCAUCUUAUGCAAUAAUCUCUCUGUGUCUAAAAGGUUGUAUGAUAGAUCUGCAGGAGUUUCAGGUGUGAAUGCAAGAAGCAAAACUGUUAAUGAAAGGAAACUGUCUACUUGAUGUCUUUCAGUGCCACUGCUUCAGAAUGGGUGAUCUAAAUGUCAGCUUUAUUUGUCAUCAUGCCUGCUGGGACUGGCGAGGGAUACGACCCCAAACCCCUCAAAAGACUCAGCCAAAUUGUGAUAUUGGUGACUUUUUACAUGUCAAAUUUUUAAAUAAUGUUCAAAACAU